AUGAACAUUCCAAAUCUGAUUCCAACAGAAUCGUUUAACUUCGAUGGAAUCCAGUACUCGCCUUACUUCCUAACAAACGGUGAUAAUCCUGGAGCAUUCAUCAUCUCAGAGGUACUUGACGGUACGAACUAUAGCACUUGGAUUCUAGCUAUCACUAUUGCUCUAGAUGCGAAGAACAAGCUAUCAUUUGUUGAUGGUUCGUUACCUAGGCCACCUGAGAAUCAUCCUCAUUAUAGAAUCUGGUCUCGUUGCAAUAGUAUGGUCAAGUCUUGGAUUCUUCACUCUGUGACGAAGCAGAUCUAUGGAAGUAUACUAAGGUUUAAUGAUGCUUCUGAAAUUUGGAAAGAUCUGAUGACACGAUUCCGCAUCACAAAUUUUCCAAGAUCUUAUCAUCUUACUCAACAAAUCUGGUCUCUCCAUCAAGUAUCUAUGGAUUUAUCUACGUAUUACACAAAACUGAAGACUCUUUGGGAUGAGCUUGAUGGAGCGGAUUGUGUUAAGACUUGUCAAAACUGUAAUUGUUGCAAGGCGACGUAUACUAAGGCAGAGCAUGCUAAGAUCAUCAAGCUACUAGCAGGAUUGAAUGAUUCUUACUCCAAUUCUCGGAGUCAAAUCAUCAUGAAAAAGAAUGUUCCAGAUCUGGCUGAGGUCUACAACCUGAAUGUUCCAGAUCUGGCUGAGGUCUACAACCUUCUCGAUCAAGAUCACAGUCAAAGGAGCAUUAAUCCUAUCUCGAAUGCAUCUGCUUUUCAAGUCACAACUGACAUUCCUCCAGCUUCAAUCAAUGCGGCUCAGUCAUCUCAGUCUCAUCGCCAAAGCAGGCUCCUGUGUUCUCAUUGUGGCUAUUCCGGUCACACUAUGGAUAAAUGUUACAAGAUUCCUGGUUUUCCACCGGGUUUCAAAUCUAAAAGAUUGGCGGCUGCUGAGAAACAAACCAAUCCAGUGAAACCUGUGGUAGCAAUUAUGACUCUUGCUGACAAUACUAAUGAUUCUAUUGCUACAUGCAUGAUGAAUACACUGUCCAAAGAUCAGAUUCAAGGAGUAUUGAGUAUUUCAACACUCAGUUACAGCUUUCCACUAACCAAAAUCAAAAUGUGGCUUCUACUUCUGGAGGUUCUAUCACAACUCUCCCGGUCAGUAAGCUUACCAACUGGUUUAGGAGUGAAGAUAAUUGGAACUGGACAGGUCAAGAUAAAUGAGAAUUUAAUCUUGAAUAAUGUCCUCUAUAUUCUGGAUUUCAGAUUAAAUCUCAUUAGUGUCAGUCAGAUGACAAGAGACUUGGGUUAUAGAGUUGCAUUUGACAGGGGCUCUUGUAUGAUUCAUGAUCUUUCCAAGGGGUUGAUGAUUGGUCAGGGUGAAGAAAUCACAAACCUCUACAUUCUGGAUGAAGCUUCUAUUGGUGAACUCUCUACAAGGCAAGGACCCUUCUCAGUGACUUCAAAUGAAGGAUAUAGAUACUUUCUCACGAUUGUAGAUGAUCACACUAGAGUCACCUGGAUAUAUCUCAUGCACACAACAGAUGAGGUCCAUACAUUGUUUCCGGAGUUCUUAACAAUUGUAGAAACACAGUACAAAACAACAGUUAAAGGAGUAAGGUCAGAUAACGCACCUGAGCUGAAAUUCUCUGCUCUGUACAAAGCCAAAGGGGUCACAGCCUUUCAUUCUUGUCCAGAAACUCCAGAGCAAAAUUCAGUUGUUGAAAGGAAGCAUCAACAUAUAUUGAAUGUUGCUCGUUCAUUGAUGUUUCAGGCAAAGCUAGCUCUUGAAUACUGGUUAGACUGUGUUCUAACUGCGGUGUUCUUGAUAAACCGUCUUCCUACUCCUUUACUCAAAGAUAAAUCUCCUUAUCAAAUGCUUACUUCUAAGCAACCAGACUACACUGGGAUACGUACGUUUGGAUGUCUCUGCUACGUUUCCACUUCUUCAAAGAACAUACAUAAAUUUCAACCAAGAGCCAAAACAAAUAUAUUUCUUGGAUAUCCGUCUGGUUAUAAAGGCUACAAGGUUAUGGAUUUGGAGACUAAUGUCAUCUCUAUAUCCAGAAAUGUGUUCUUUCAUGAAGAUAUCUUUCCGUUUGAUCAACCUAAAGAUCUUCCUGACAUAUUUGGUUCUCCUAUGACUGAUGAUGGUGCACCAACUAGAGCUGAAUCUACUACUAUACCUAUCAUAGUUAAGGAAGUUCUUGCCUCUAUAGAUCCAAGUUCAUCUACUACUAUACCUGCAAAAGAUAAGGAAGUUUCUGCAUCUGUAGAUUCAUCUAUGGCUGCAUUAGACAGUGCAGCACAUGUUUCCUAUGAUAAACUGUUUGAGACGUAUAAGAACUACAUUUGCUCUGUUAUGCAUCAUCCUGAACCUUCUUCGUUUGCUCAAGCUAAGAAGUUUGAUGAGUGGAUCAAAGCUAUGAAUGAGGAGCUCAUUGCUUUGGAAAGUACUGAUACAUGGGAAGUAGUAUCUCUUCCUGAUGGUAAACAUGCCAUAGGCUGUCGCUGGGUUUAUAAAGUAAAACUUAAUGCUGAUGGAACGUUGGAAAGAUAUAAGGCACACUUGGUAGCUAAAGGCUAUACACAACAGGAGGGGAUUGAUUUUGUUGACACCUUUUCUCCUGUAGCCAAAAUGACUACUAUCAAGACCAUACUAUCUGUUGCAGCUGUCAAACAAUGGAGCCUCACGCAUUUGGAUGUAUCUAACGCAUUUCUAAACGGAAAACUCAAUUAG